AUAUAUCAUUGCAAAGCCUGGCACGCCAUUUUCAGUAUGGUUGCGAGCUUUCGAUGAAGAGAAGAAGAAAAAAAUCAGAAACUAAAGAUUGAAGAUGGCUUUUGGUGAAGACAAUUUAAAAGGAUUUGUUUUGGCAUUGAUGUCAAGUGGGUUUAUUGGUGCCAGUUUUAUCAUCAAGAAAAAGGGACUCCGACGAGCUGCUGCUGCAACUGGUGUUAGAGCUGGUGUUGGUGGGUUUUCUUAUCUCUUGGAGCCUCUUUGGUGGCUUGGUAUGAUCACAAUGAUUGUGGGAGAGGUUGCCAAUUUUGUGGCGUAUGCAUUUGCCCCAGCAGUUCUUGUUACUCCGCUUGGUGCAUUAAGUAUUAUUGUAAGUGCUGUGUUGGCUCACUUUAUCUUGCAUGAGAAGUUGCACCAACUAGGAAUUUUAGGAUGCGUAAUGUGUAUAGCCGGUUCUGUCGUAAUCAUUAUCCAUGCACCACAGGAGAGUCCCAUCACUUCAGUACACGAAAUUUGGGGCAUGGCAACCCAACCAGCAUUUUUACUUUAUGUGGGCUCAGUAAUUGUAUUGGUGUUCAUUCUGGUCUUCCACUUUGCACCACGGUGUGGAAAUACAAAUGUGUUGGUUUUCACAGGCAUUUGUUCGUUAAUGGGUUCUCUCUCGGUGAUGAGUGUUAAAGCCCUUGGAACUUCGCUGAAACUAACCUUUGAGGGAAAGAACCAGUUACUGUAUCCUGAGACAUGGUUUUUUAUGUUAGUUGUGGCUUUAUGUGUCAUCAUACAGAUGAAUUAUCUGAACAAGGCACUUGACACAUUCAACACUGCGGUUGUAUCUCCAAUUUAUUAUGUCAUGUUCACAUCACUGACAAUCCUCGCCAGUGUAAUAAUGUUCAAGGACUGGGAUGGUCAAAGUGGGGCAAGCAUCAUAUCGGAAAUAUGUGGCUUUGUAGUGGUGCUUUCUGGUACAAUUUUGCUACACACAACCAAAGACUUUGAGAGAUGUUCUUUUAGAGGUAGCUAUUCAUCUUUAUCUCCUACAUUGUCACCUGUUUCUCCUACGUUAAGUACCCGACUCUGCAGUGGGAAUGAGAACUAAUGAGGCAUGAUGAUGAUGCACCGCAUCCUGAGGAAAUUUGUUUCAGAAGAUAAGAAACGUACUAGAUGUCUACCUCCUGAUAUGCGAAAUUCAAGCUUUAGAAACUGGCAAAGAGAUCCCAACAGGUGUUUCAACAUGAGUUCUCAUUGGAUCCAAGAUAAACAGGGAAUAUCUUCAGGACUCAAACAGGUAUUUAUCUUGUUGGAUGACAAGCUUUGACAGGUUUUCAUUUCCGAGAUUUCUCAUGAGGCAUGAGAUAGAAACAUGCUAUUAACAGUUCAUACAUUGUGCAGUGUGUGAAAUUGCUGGCAUUUGUCAAAUGGUUGGUUUAUUUGACUCCACAAAUAAGUAGCUGAAAUGAUUGUAAAAAGUUCACUUUGGAUCCCUGAGUAGUCCUAGGAGCCUGUAAAUUUUUGGUUGGGGAAGGUGAAGGCUAAUUCAUCAUUUUGUUUGAUAUUUUUGGUUUUGAUAUUUUGAGUGUAGUUCAUUUCCAUUGACAUGGAGAAGCAACUGCGUAUGCAGUAUUUUUGCCCAUUUGUUUUGGUGUUCUAGAGCUCAUUCAUCAGAAGAAACAAUAAAUAAAAAUAUAUUUGUUUAUUUUUUUGAUUUAGGAUUGGAUAUGUUUUCUAUUUUGAGUUUAUGAGUUAAAGUUGGGAAGAAAUAAAGAUUUCUGAUGGGGGAAAGAUGUUCCCUUUUUAUUCACAGAAUAUGUACAAACUAAGCCAUAAUGAAAUAUAGAAGGUAACUUGUUGAUGAGA